CCCAGCCGAGCACUUCACAACGGAUUACGUAUAUUCUUACCAAAGUCCACGAUGGCGCCGUCAAACGCAGAUAAAUAUGCUUUCCUCAAAAUGCAAGCUCCUCCGAGCUAUGUGGCCGGAUUAGGACGUGGGGCGUCCGGAUUCACCACUCGGUCUGAUAUCGGUCCCGCAAGAGAAGGGCCAACACCCGAAGCUAUUGCUGCCGCCAAAGCAGCCAGAGGAGAAGAGGAUGCUACCGUACAAGGCGAUGAUGAACAAUUUCAGGACCCAGACAACGAGACCAACCUAUUCGCCUCCGCCCCCUACGAUCAAGAAGAUGAGGAAGCCGACAAAAUUUACGAAUCGAUCGACUUACAUCUCGAGCGACGUGGUCAAUCCAGACGUGAGCUUCGGGAAAAGUUAGAACAGGAACGCCUCGAAAAGGAGCGGCCAAAGAUCCAAACCCAAUUUGCUGACUUGAAACGAUCACUCAGUAGCGUAUCAGAUAGUGAAUGGGAGAACUUGCCCGAGGUCGGAAAUAUUGCUGGUAGAGGUCACAAGAAACUGAGGAAGGAAGGGAACCUACGUACCUAUGCGAUCCCCGAUUCUGUACUUCUCGGUCAACGAGACCAGGUCGGACUCGAAACAAGCCUGGAUAAUCGUCAGAUGAAUGGGGACAUAACCCCUGCUGGAGAACAAUCAUCAACAUCAGGCGUGAUGACCAACUUUGUGGAGAUCGGAGCCGCAAGAGACAAAGUGCUGGGUUUGAAAUUGGAUCAAGUCAAGGAUUCCGUGUCUGGCUCGACUACCAUCGAUCCCAAAGGAUACCUCACCCAAAUGAAUUCAAUCGUCUUCAAGACCGAAGCUGAGAUCGGAGACAUCAAACGAGCCCGGGCUCUACUGGCCAGUCUGACGAAAAGUAACCCAAAACAUGCACCCGGCUGGAUCGCUGCCGCUCGAGUCGAGGUCGCUGCUGGAAAACAAGUCGCCGCGCGUAAGAUCAUGGCCCAAGGUUGUGUGGAAUGCCCUCAAAGCGAGGAUGCCUGGCUAGAAAAUGCCAAUCUUAACACACAAGAGAAUGCUAAAGUCGUCUUGGCUGAUGCGGUCAUUCAUCUCCCCCAUUCAGUUAAGAUAUGGCUCAAAGCUGUCGGCCUGGAACACGAAAUCGCUGCCAAGAAACGGGUCUUACGCAAGGCCCUGGAAUAUGUGCCCACCUCUGUUAAGCUUUGGAAGGAGGCUGUUAAUCUCGAGGAGAACCCUCAAGACGCACGGAUUCUUCUGCAACGAGCGGUAGAAGUGGUUCCGUUCUCAGACGAGCUUUGGUUGACAUUGGCGAGGCUGGAGAGCCCCGAUCGGGCCAAGCAGGUUUUGAACAAAGCUCGUCAAACGAUUCCGACCAGUCAUCAAAUUUGGAUAGCCGCAUGUCGGCUCGAAGAACAAGAGGGGAAGGCAUUGGAUCGGAUAGGAGUAUUGAUGAGCAAGGGUGUAUUGGCGCUCAAGAAGAACGGCGCGGAACUACCGAGGGAACAAUGGAUUAAAGAAGCCGAGAAAUGCGAAUCUCAACAAAGUCUUGUUACCUGUCAGGCCAUCAUCAAGGCAACCAUUCAUCUCGACGUAGAGGAUGAAGACCGACGGGAUGUGUGGAUUGAGGAUGCCCAGAGCUCAUUAGCCAAUGGCUAUGUAGAAACGGCUCGUUCGAUAUACUCCUACGCACUGAACGUGUUUCCCAACAAGGCCGAGCUUUGGAGAAAGGCGGCAGACUUGGAAAAGACGCAUGGGACGAGUACCUCUCUGCUUCAACUCUUGGAGCGUGCUGUCAAUUGCUGUCCUCACUCCGAAAUCUUGUGGUUGAUGGCUGCGAAGGAAUGUUGGCAAACGAACAACGACGUCGAUGGGGCGCGUAAAAUCCUCGGGGACGCCUUCGAAGCUAAUCCUGAAAGCGAACAGGUCUGGUUGGCCGCUGUCAAGCUUGAAUCGGAGAAUGGCCAGAUUGAAGCGGCCAAACAAUUGAUGAAAAGAGCAAGAGACGUGGCUGGUACGGAACGUAUAUGGAUUAAGAAUGCGGUUUUCGAGCGGCAACACGGUUCGGUAGAUGAAGCGCUGGAGAUCACGGAGAAAGCUUUGGUCAAGUUCCCAUCUUCGGAGAAACUGCACAUGAUCAAGGGACAAAUCCUCGAGUCGAAGGAAGACGUUUCAGGUGCUCGUGGGGCGUAUGCGAUUGGGACGAAGAAAUGUCCGAAAUGUAUACCGCUAUGGAUCCUUUCCUCGAGGCUAGAGGAGAGGGUCGGUAUGACGAUCAAAGCGCGGGCCAUCAUGGAGCGGGCACGACAUCACAACCCGAAGAACGAGGAGCUGUGGUCUGAAAGUUGUUCGAUCGAGGAGCGGGCCGGAGGACAUACGACGGGCAGCAGUACCAAUGCCAGUGCCGUCGGGAUCCAGGCCAGGAAUAUGAUGUCAAGAGCCUUACAGGAUUGUCCGAACUCGGGCUUGCUCUACUCUCAAUCGAUCUGGUACGAGCCUCGUCCUCAGAGGAAAGCUCGAGGGGCGGACGCAUUGAAGAAGUGUAACAACGAUCCCCGAGUCAUCGUCACCGUCGCUAGGUUGCUCUGGGCCGAACGAAAGUUGGAUAAGGUUCGCAAUUGGCUCGAGAAGGCGAUCGUUGCUGAUUCUGAUUGUGGCGACUUCUUUGGGAUCUAUUACAAGUUUUUGAAGAUGCAUGGAACUCAAGAGGAACGAGAUGCUUUGAUUGCUAGAUGUAAAGCCGCGGAGCCUCAUCAUGGUCCCGUCUGGCAGGCUACCGUCAAAGACUUGAACAAUGUGGGAAAGAAAAUCGAAGAAAUCAUCGACCUGGUUGCUGAUAAAUUACAGCAAUAAAACUAAUUGAACUCCCUCCACAAUUUUUGCUCGUUUUUUGUUUUUGAAUAAGUUCUUUCAUUGUUUUUGUUUUUUUUUUUGGUGAUAAUUUGUAAAUCUAUAACUUUGGGAGAAGAACACACAACGAAAUCCAUGUGAUAUACAGCCUCACACGUUUUUCCUGUCUCAAGUUCGAGGGAAUCAAUCCACGGUUCCAAAAC